CUCAUACCCACCCUCAUCGAUCCACAAUUAAAGUAUCAUGCUAAAACUCUUGGCCAAGCCUUGGAGAUGAUGCAUGAUGUAAUCUCAGCGUGCGCUACUCUCUCGUGCGCUUGCAACAGUACAAGUAUACUAUGUUUAUUCUUUGACAGUAAGUACUGA